GACAAAUUCUAUUCUUUUCAAGCAAUCUCUAGUCACAAUGGCUCCCAGCGCUGUAGAGAAUGGGCACGCUGCCCAGGAAGGGACUUCGUCAGACGUUUCUUCCCAAUUGAACAUAAAAACCGACAAGGUCAAUGGACACUCUCCGGAGUCUGCCGUUCCUGUCAAUGGCAAUACAAAAGCAGAAGAUAUUUCUGCAAAAGAAGAGGAACCUGAAGAGGUGACCAAGGUCGGUAUGGAGUGUGGUCUCAAAAACCUCUAUCAGAAAGAGGAUGAUCGAGGACGCCACACGUGGACAGACAAGUAUCCAGACGACCUGGACGAAGCAGCUGAGAAUGAGAUGACUGCUCGAUAUGCUAUCCUUGUUCGCAACAAAAAGAGUUUCGACUCCCGAAAGAAACUCGAGAUUGACAGCAUUGUCGUUCAAAGCCCUCUGCUCAAAAAUGUUCUGACCAAGGUGUUGAAAGACUAUCCUGGUGUCACUCCAACCCUCAAGCGACUGAUCUUCCAAGCACCUUUCAACCCAUUCGUUCAUCGAUGGACGGAGUUCACGAAUGCCCUAGACCAACAAGAAGAUGAGGAAACGAAGAAGCAUUUGGAACUUCUUUACAAGACACUUGAGGCGGAGCUCAAGGAUACAAUUGCAGCAAAGAACGACUAUAUCAAGAACAAGGUCAUCACCUUCGAGCAUCUCUGGACGAUCUUUCAACCUGGAGCCACGCUGUAUACAGAGCAGUGGGGUCGUGACUGUGGUUCCAAAUUCUCCAACGGCAAUUACUUUGACCACCCCAAAUAUGGCCCAUGUUAUGGAGUGAACUCACAGAAGGUAGAAUGGGAUGGCGACAGAUUUGGCUAUGCCAGUUGUCAACAUCUCAUCUUGGCCUUCGGUGGGACUAUGCAAAUCUCUGCUCUCGAUGCUUUCCCACUAGAGUUUCACCCAGAGCAGAAGAAGAUUCAAGCCUCGUUAUUGAAGCGCGGUAAGCUGUUUGAGCACUAUCAUGGUUAUCACUACAAGGCGUACAAGGCAUUCGCAAUUGGAAAAGACAUGUGUGGUCGAGACAUCAAAGUUACUGUCGACAGUCGCGUAAUCAUUGAUACAUUUGCAUAUGGCAAAUUUAAUCCAAACAGCCUGCCUCAUCUUGCACCUCUCAAGAUCAAAUCAAAGGCCGCCGUCUCCGAUGAAGAAGAUUCCGAGGACGAAGGAUCUGUCUACGACUCCGAGGAUGACGAUGACUUAGCUUCCCACGAUUCUGUCGCCGGCAAGGAGAUCAAGCGAAUUCCACUCUCCGAUCAACAACUAAUUCAUUGCUCUCCUCUAUUGAAAGGCUACACUUUAAAGACAAAGCGUUGGCUUUCAUUCUUUGUGGAUUCCGUCUCUGAGAUUGUGUGGAAUUCGUCUGCAUUUGCCAAUUUGGUUCUUCCCGAAGACCAGAAAGAGUUGAUUCUCGCAUUCGCCGAGUCCCAGGUUAAAUACAAGGAUAAUUUUGACGAUGUCAUUUCUGGUAAGGGCAAAGGCAUCAUCAUGCUCUUGAGCGGUGGUCCAGGUAUCGGCAAGACCUUGACAGCAGAAUCAGUCGCUGAGAAUAUGCGUACACCACUCUAUAUGAUGAGUGCUGGAGAUCUUGGCAUCAAAUCGUCCGAGGUGGAAACCAGUCUCACAACCAUUCUCGAAAUGGUAGCGAAAUGGAACGCCGUCCUGUUGUUGGAUGAGUGUGACGUCUUCCUGGAAGCUCGCUCAGCCCACGAUCUUGAGCGAAACAAGAUUGUUUCCAUUUUCCUCCGCACUCUCGAAUACUACGAAGGUAUUCUCUUCCUGACGACCAACCGUGUCAAGAACAUGGAUCCUGCAUUCCAGAGCAGAAUCCAUAUCUCAAUGGAGUAUCCCGGCUUGGACAAAGUAUCCAGAACCCAAGUUUGGAAGAAUUUCCUUGAGAGAGGUGUCAAACAUGAUUUGUCCGAGGACGAUAUCGCGAAACUUGCCGAUGUGGAGAUUAAUGGAAGGCAGAUCAAGAAUGUUCUUAAGACUGGUCAACUAUUGGCUUGUCAUAAGGGUGUUCCGUUGCAAUACUCGCAUCUGAAGACGGUGCUGAAUGUGGAGAGGCAGGACUUGGAAUUGGCGUAACAAGGGUCAGGCGAUGGUUUUCUCUUUUGUUUUAGACACACAUUGAAUAUGUAUCAUGCAGCGUAUAUGAGUACAUGAG